UCACUCGGGGGAGAAGCCCUUUCAGUGCAUCGAGUGUGGAAUGUUUUUUCACACCAAAGGAGGCCUCACACGUCACGGGAAAGUUCACAAAGUAGAAAAAGAUUACAAAUGUUUAGACUGCGGAAGAACAUUCGCUUAUUCGUCAUCCCUUAGAAAUCACUACAACAUAAUGCAUCUCGGAGUGACGCCCCAUAAGUGCUCCAAGUGCGGGAAAUGUUUUAGCAGAAAAGCAAAUCUUUUGAGGCAUCAGCAUAUUCAUACCGGAGAAAAACCUAAUCGGUGUCAGGAAUGUGGGAAAUCUUUUACUCACAAAGAAUAUCUCAGGAAUCACGAGAAAUUUCACACAGGGGAGAAACCUUACAAGUGCGGGGAAUGUGGGAAAGGCUUUACCCGCAGUUCAGACCUUCGGGUACACGAGAAGAUUCACACAGGAAGAGGUUCUUAUCAAUGCCCCGAGUGUGGGAAAAGUUUCAGUUGGCGUUCAUCUCUUCGGAGGCAUAAGAAAGCGCAUAAAAGUCAGGAAAAGUGCCCGGAAUGUGGGAAAUGUUUUUCCCAGAAAUCACAUUUGUUGCGACAUCAGAAAGUUCACAUUGGGGACGGUCCCUAUGAAUGCCUGGUAUGUGCAAAACGAUUUGUGGAUUCUGCUGAACUUCAGGGACACCAGAAGGGGCACAGAGGAGAGAAGCCCUAUAAAUGUGGGGACUACGGGAAAAGUUUUUAUCAAAAUUCAGAAGUUGGUGUACAUCAGAGCAUCCACACAGGGGAGAAGCCCUGUAAAUGUGGGGAGUGUGAGAAAUGUUUUGCUCAGAGGACGGAACAUCAGAGAAUUCACUCGGCGGAGAAGCCCCAUCGGUGCAUCGAGUGUGGAACAUUUUUCCGUCGCGAAUCAGCCCUUAGAAGUCACAUGAAAAUUCACACAGAGAAAGUAAUUAUUUUAGAUUGAUAACUGUACAUGUCUUCAGCGCAACUUCUGGUGGUCUCCCAUCCAGCACUCAUGAGCUUAUUGAAUAUUCAAUAAGCUAAUUGAAUAUUGAAUGGAGGUAAAAGGGGAUGAGAGAAUUGCUGGGGUGAGGAUGAAAAAAGAAAAACAUCAACUAUUUAAGCAAUGGCAGAAAGAUAUAAUAA